AUGUUUGAACCCAAAAAGCCUGUAGAACCUGUCUUGGUAGAUGUGACAGAUGAUACGACAAAGGAAGAUCAACAGCAACAUGGUGGUCUUGGAUUGGAUUUUGGAUACCCUGGUGACCCAAAACAAACAAAGGACCGAAGCAAAAUGAAAUUGUGGAAACACUAUUUUGGAGAAAAUGGACGAAAUUUGACGAUGAUACGGACACCAACAUUCGGAAAACUUGUUAGGGUGGGACUACCUAAUGAUCUUCGUGGCGAAAUUUGGGAAAUGUGUUCUGGAUCUGCUUAUUUACGUUUUGCUAACCGUGAUGUAUACAACGACUUACUCAAGAUGUAUGCUGGUCAAGAAUCAUUGUCGACUGAAGAAAUUGAAAAGGAUCUGAAUCGAUCGUUACCGGAAUAUGCAGCAUACCAAACUCCUGAAGGUAUUGGUAGACUACGACGUGUACUGACGGCUUAUGCUUGGCGAAAUCCAGAAUUAGGUUACUGUCAAGCCAUGAAUAUUGUGACCUCUGCCUUGUUGAUUUAUGCUACGGAAGAACAAGCUUUUUGGAUCCUCAAUGUCCUCGUAGAUCGCUUAUGUCCUGGUUAUUAUAGUACUUCCAUGUAUGGUGCUCUAUUGGAUCAAAUUAUUUUUGAACAAUUGGUGGAACGAACAAUGCCUAUUCUCUGGAAUCAUUUCAAGAAAACCGAUGUUCAACUUUCUGUUGCUUGUUUGCCGUGGUUUCUUAGCUUGUAUAUCAAUUCCAUGCCAUUAUUGUUUGCCUUUCGUGUAUUGGAUUGUCUAUUUAUGGAAGGACCAAGGAUUCUUUUCCAAGUCGGUCUUGCGAUUUUAAAGUUAAAUGGUGAAGAACUAUUACAGACAAAAGAUGAUGGUGCUUUCCUAGAUAUUUUGAAACACUACUUUACUACUUUGAACAAUUCUAUUGGGGACAAAAAUGGAAAGAAUGCACAAGGCCCUCGUCUCACAUAUCGAGAAUUCUCUUUGGUGACGGAUGAAUUAGUAACGGAAAUGCGACGCACCAAUCAGCUCAAGGUGGCAGCAGGUAUUGAAUCAUAUACAAAACGAUCAGCCAUUCGACAUUUGGAUGACACAGCAGGAUUUACCAAGGAUGAAAUUGCUAUUGUUUACGAUAAGUUUUUUGGUGCUCUUUAUUAUGCUAAACAACAUGGCGAUCGAUCAGAAACACAAUUGGAUUUGGAUACUUUUCAUCGAUGGUUGGAAAGUGUGGCAUCAUGGACAAAAUUGGUACGUGCACGCUCUGAGGAUGACCAUGAAUCAAAUCAAGACAUUACUUUCAAACGCAACCUGGCGGAAAGUUUUAUCAAUCGUUUGUAUCUUCAUUUCAAGUCUGAAACCAAUUUGGGUGUUAGUUUUCAAGAUACUGUUACUGGUCUAAGCGAAAUAUUCCAUGGUGAUUUGAUGUCAUUGAUGGGAUUAUUCUUUCAAAUGUAUAGUCAUGAUGGGGAAAAACUGGUUGGACAAGAAUUGAUUACCAUAUCCAAGGAAAUGUGGUGGUUAUUGACAGUCUUCAAUGAUGGGAAUGAUACACUAGCCUGGGAAACCAUCAUCAACUUUUUAUCACAAAGUUUAGAACAAUCAAAUAUUGUACGUGGUGGAAAUAGUGAAUCAAGCGACAAAGAUGAUUUGACACAACAACUGGCCAGUUUAUCGAUCAGUGGUGGUAUGAGUGUACGACAACGCAUGGAUCAAUUGGAUACUUUGUUAGGCAACAAUGAUAGCAUAUCAACACUUGUGUCUUGUGAAUUAACGCUUCCUUCCUUCCGAAUGGUUGUUCUGACAAACGAAACCAUGGAAAUGUUUUUUGAUCAUGAAUUUCAAGACAGUUUCAAGUUGGAAAAAGCAUCGGCAGUGGAACGGCAAAAAUCAUUAGGACGCGAAUUAUUCGAGAAUUUGUUUGCGGAAGGGAAAAGUUUGGCCAAAGCACCUCAUCUUCAUCUCCAUCGUCAAAGGAAACCAUCUGUAUCACCAUCUUCCUCCUCCACUUCUUCUUCUUCUCCAGGCAACCAACAGCAACAUGACUCCCCCAGCAAAAAGAAGGAUGAUGAUCAAGAUAUGUCUGUGGAUCAUUUAUUUACCGAAUUGGGCCACUUGGACGUACAAGAAAGCGAAGAUUCUUAUGUUUUAGUGUAG